CCGCCGUCGGCGAGUCGGCCGAGGCGGCGCUCGGCGGCUGGCACUAUGCGCCGCUCUUCGUCGCCCUCGCGCCCGCCGCCGGCGCGCUCUUCGGCGGGCGCGCCGACGCCUGGAGCGACGCCAUCCUGCUGCUGCUCGCCGCCUUCUGGCUCUACCAGUUCCUCAAGGUGCCGCACGACAUCUACUCUGCAGCUCGCACGCGCCGCAUCCUGCACGCCGACGCCAUGCCCGCCGCGAACGACCCGCUCGCGCCGCAGCGCGAGGCCGCCGCCGCCGAGCUGCGCCGCGUCGAGCUGGCCAGCCUGCUCGCCUGCAUGGCCAGCCCCAUGGUGGGCGGCUGGAUGCUCAGCUGGCUCAUGGAGAACCUGACCGACGGCAACCGCUACCUCAACAAGUUCAAUAUCCGCCUCUUCAUGCUUGCCGCCGGCAUCAAGCCGUGGACACACGCCUUCUCGCUGCUGCGUCGCCGCCUGCUGCACCUGCACGAGGCCGUGCUCUACCCCUCGUCGCGCGUCGAGGCGCUCAACCGCCGCGUCGCCGCCGUCGAGUCGGGCCUGCACUCGAUGCGCCGCGUCGUCGCGCUCAAGGAGGAUGUCUCGCUGCUGCGCGACGGCAUCGACAUGCCGCUGACGCAGCUGAGCCGCUCGAUGCGCCGCUAUGAGAAGAAGGAGGAGCAUCUGCGCCUGAGUGCCGAGGACAAGUUCAGCCUGAUGGAGAGCCGCCUCGAAGAUCUGCUGCGAGAGGUCGCCAUCAACGCCGAGCUCAUCGAGGAGGAGCGGCGCGAGCGCGAGCGCGCAACGACAUUUGGCGCCUCGCUCUUCAACGCUGUCAAAUUUGCGCUCGGUCAGGGCUCCGGCUCGCAGCGCCAGUAUCUGUACGAUGCGCCGCGCAGCCUGCCGUCCACUGCGUCGCUCGGCAUCGGCGGGCCUGUAGACAGCUCGUCAGCGGCCUCGACGCCUGCCUCGGCCGCGACGCUCUCGCCGCCCGGCUCGCAGAUUCUCGGGCACGCCGGCGCCAAGAGCGGCUCGGCCGGCUACCAGGGCUCGCCGCCGCGCUACGUUGCUCCGGCGGCGCAGUCGCCUGCCGUCGCUUUCGGCCCAGAGAAGCCGACGCACAUCGCUUCGCACGACGCCUGGUACACGCACGGCGCAGCCUACUACCUUUCGCUGCCCAUCGCGCUGCCGCUCUCGCUCUCCAACGCCGCGCUGGCCAAGGUGCGCGGCGUCGCCGCCGACGCCAACACGACGGCGUACGCCUACCAGGCGCAGCAGCAGCAGCAGGAACAGCUGCGCGCCGCCGUCAACGGCCACGCCUCCGUGCCGCGCAGCAAGUCGCACAGCUCGCACUCGCAGCGCCGGCUGGAGAGCUACGGCAAGGCGUGAUGCACAGAUGCCUGCGCGGCGCUGCCCACGGCAGGCCCGCACCAUGUCUGUCUGCAUCUCUGAUGUCCUCGCUCGCCCUCGCCGCCUCGUAUACGCACAGUCACGCCUCACGUUUGUCUCCUGGGCUCGCACGUCAGUUCUCUCCUGCCCGACUCGACGCAUCACGAUCCGCGCGUCGCGGGCGCCAUUCCCCUACGCCAGCCCCUAUACUGUAAUUGUCUUUGCCUUUCUCUCCUCUCUGGUUCUGUCGGCGCGAGUGAACGAUCACAUUGCACUCCAU